CCACGACCAUCGGUGCCGCGGGGAGUAAAUACCGCUGUGAGACCGGAAGUGUCCCGGGAGGCGUCGCUUCCGGAAGUGUGGCAUAUCCUCUCCACACCAGGAAGUGUGGUGCCGCCGCGGCUCCUGGAAGUGCUCCAGUCCACCCAGUAGAGAUGUGGGGUUGAAACAGGGAUGUGCAGAUGGAGGCCGGAGGAGAUAGUGCUGUCCCAGCCCCCGGGGGCGUGGAGGACUUGGUGGACACGCAGUUGCCCAUUGAGGAGGCUGGAGACAGUGAAGGGGUUCACUCGAGCACGCCGGAUCCCGGAGAUGGGGACCCGGAGGACACAGGAUCCAUGGCCAAGGACCAGCCACCCCGCCUCCUGUCACCUGGGCCUCAGGCUGAGGCCCCAUCAAGCACUUGUGAGCACUGGAAAACUGCAGCUUCAGAUGAAAAUCCCUCUGGAGAACCUGAGGGUAGCUCUGAGGACCAGCGAGAGGACCCCAGUGAUGGGGACCCCAAUGAUGGGGAUCCCAAUGACGAGGACUGGCGCAGCCAACGGAAGCACGUGUUUGUGCUGAGUGAGGCAGGCAAGCCUAUCUACUCACGGUAUGGUAGUGUGGAGGCACUGUCUGCCACCAUGGGUGUGAUGACAGCCCUUGUGUCCUUCGUACAGAGUGCAGGAGAUGCCAUCCGAGCUAUCUAUGCCGAGGACCACAAGCUGGUGUUCCUGCAGCAGGGUCCACUCCUGCUGGUGGCUGUGUCCCGGACUCCUCAAUCAGCAGCACAGCUACGGGGUGAGCUGCUUGCAGUGCACGCACAAAUUGUGAGCACACUAACACGUGCAAGCGUGGCGCGCAUCUUCGCACAUAAGCAGAACUAUGACCUACGUCGACUGCUGGCUGGCUCAGAGCGCACACUGGAUAGGCUCCUGGACAGUGUGGAGCAAGACCCAGGUGCCCUGCUCCUGGGUGCUGUGCGUUGUGUGCCUCUAGCCCGUCCACUGCGGGAUGCCUUGGGUACACUACUGCGGCGCUGUACAGCCCCAGGCCUGGCCCUGUCAGUGCUGGCUGUUGGUGGCCGACUGAUAACAGCAGCCCAGGAGAGGAAUGUGCUUGCUGAGUGCCGGCUGGACCCAGCUGAUCUUCAGUUGCUACUUGACUGGGUGGGUGCACCAGCCUUUGCAGCAGGUGAGGCAUGGGCACCUGUGUGCCUGCCUCGUUUCAACCCAGAUGGUUUCUUCUAUGCCUAUGUGGCCCGCCUGGAUUCCAUGCCUGUCUGCCUGCUGCUACUUGGUACCAACCGUGAAGCCUUCCAUGCCAUGGCUGCCUGCCGGCGCUUGGUUGAAGAUGGGAUGCACAACCUUGGUGCCCUUCGUACUCUUGGAGAGGCUGCCAGCUUCUCUAAUGGACCAGCAGCCAAUGCCCCUGCCUACAGUGUGCAUGCUGUGGGAGCACCUGGCCUCCGGCAUUUCCUCUAUAAGCCACUGGACAUCCCUGACCAACACCGCCAGCUGCCACAGUUUACCAGUCCUGAGCUAGAGGCCCCAUACAGCAGAGAGGAGGAGCGACAGCGACUGUCAGACUUGUAUCACCGCCUGCAUGCUCGCCUCCAUAGCACCUCCCGGCCCCUGCGCCUCAUUUACCACGUGGCUGAGAAGGAGACACUGCUGGCCUGGGUGACCUCCAAAUUUGAGCUCUAUACUUGCCUGAGCCCCCUCGUGACCAAGGCAGGUGCCAUCUUAGUAGUGACGAAGCUCCUGCGCUGGGUGAGGAAGGAAGAGGACCGGCUUUUCAUCCGUUACCCACCCAAGUAUUCCACACCACCCUCCACCUCAGUGGACCAGGCCCCCAACAAUGGCUUGUUCACUGGACUCUGAAUAACUUCUGGAGUGACCACAUUUGGCAUUUAAAUUUUGUCUCUACUCUGGAAAUAUGGGUAGAAGUCUGUGUGGGGCUGGUCCCCAUUUCCGUGGGCAGAUGGGCAAGAUCUCAGGGUUUGCCCACAAAUGGGAGAAGGGUGACAGCAGCUAGGGGCACAGGUUGCACUCUGAGCCCCCUCAUGCACCUCCCUCCACAUCUAGGAAGGUCAAAAGCCUCCUCUGCCCUCUGUCUCACCUCCUUAAAUAACAAUGCCACACACCCUCCAUCAUUAGCUGGCCUCUCCACGCCUCCUCUAAGCAGCACAGGUUGCCACCCUGUCCAUCUUCCAAGCAGACCUGAGACUGGGCUGAGGCUGCCCUCAGGAUAGGGGUGGUAACCCACAAGGGCUCUAGAAUUUGGAAUGCAGGGCUAGCCUAUGCUUAAAACCAGCCUAGGGAUAUUUAAUGAAAAGGGCCUAAAGUUGAACCCCACAAGACAUCCCUCUGCCCUUCAUGUCCCCCUUUUUUUCUCUCCAUUAGUUUCCUUUAAAAAAACACAAACAAAAAUAAGCCCCACCAAUUCGGUUGCCUCCAACAUCCACCUGUGUAACACAUGCCACCUGACUUCACCCAGCGGCGGGAUGCAGCUUUGUGAAGAUACCCGUAGCCUCUAAGGCUUCUUUCUACACAAGAGCGAGAACUUCCUUUAGGCCCUUUUAGUGGAGAUCUGUGAAUGGACAGGGCUUGGAACUCUUGUGUUGCUACUCAGCACGAAUAUAUUUGUUCUGGACGUUGGUCACUUGAAGCAGCAACCUAAAGAACCCUUAAAGAGCUUGUAAGCACGACCCACCUCAGCUACGCACUACCCUGCUUCCCGCCGUGUUUAACGAUAGGGCCCUGUGGUUGGGCGCAUGCGUGCUAACUAUCGGUUGCAUUGUUGUUCUGCGCUUGCUCAGAGCAGAUACUGUGUCGCCCCACCCCCUGGUUUCCUACAAUGUCUGUAGCAGCACGUGCUGCUGCGCCCCCGCCCCCCGCCACUGUUUUUCCACUCUUCUGUGGCACAUGCGCAGAUGCCCCUCAUUGGGAAAUGGCUGCGGAUCUGGAGCCUUUGAUGGCAGAGUGGCUGGGAGCUGAGAAGACUGAGGAAACCCGAGGUAAUGAGGGCCCACAGGGUGGAAGGGAGAGAGGCUUUGGCCCAUUAUAAUAAUCAAGAGUUAAUUUUUUUAGAAAAAAAAUGUUUUUACCCUAUUGAAAUUUUUAACUUCCACACAGUGGCAAUAAAUAAUAUACGUGUUCUUAUCACCUAGGUUAACUUGCCAACUUUAUUGACCUUAUUAAAUACUUAAAUAGUUUAUUUCAGGACCUGUUACUAAGCAAAUCAGAAGGGAUAGUGAUAUGCUCACAAAAACUGCCCUGUUGCUACAUAGCCAAGGGAAGAAACUCCUCGGUGUCAUUUCACAGCCAACUUAGAUGGUUUACUACAUGGAUUUUUUUUUUUCAAGGCUCUUGAGAAUUGUUUUCUACACUAUUUUCAAAUUUGUUUUGACUUAAGUAAUGACAACUUCUCCCCUCACUGGGGGCCUAGAAACUACUGGAAAUUGCAGUUCCUUCCAAAGAAAAUAUUUCUCAUGGGAAACGCACCACAUGAGCAUUGUUGUUUUAGUUAUAGAAAAUUCCCAAACAUUCUAAAGUAGAGAAAAUAUCAUGACCAGUGACCCCGACCCUACUUCGAAAUUCUGUCUUUAUGUCUGUACCCACCUUCUGUUCCUGCAUGCCAGGCCUGUCGCUACAUGACCAAACAUGGGAGGGGACGUCUUGCCAGACCUGUCCAUUCAGAUUCCAAAACAAUGGGUGUGACCUUCCAGAGCAAGACCUGCAGUUUCCCUGGGCACCUGAAACAUUGCUUGGUGCUUGGUACACAGUGAUUUUUCUUUUCUUUUCUUUAAAUGGGUGAAUAAUGAAAUCAUUUAAACAGAAUUUGAAUUAAAGUGUAGGCACAGGUUGGGUGCUGGUUUUCAAAGAAUAAAAAUCAGACAGACAGCAACAAACCACACUUUAUUAAGCAUUUGAUACAGUACCACAGAGAUUUGAAAACUUAGCACCAACCUUUCAAAUUCCUCAAGGGUUAAGUAGUGAGGGACUUUGCUGGCACUGGCGGAAGUUGAAAGGCAUAUCAGGUUAUUUUCUUAGCCAUUGACUUGGGCUUAGGGGGAUAAGACUUAGCACCAGUGGCACCCAGACCUUCUGGUGGAGGCUUCUGAUUUUCAGCAGAUGCUCUUCCACAUCUGUAACCUCCAUGCUAGGUAAAAACAGGAGUUUGACUACACAAACAUGAACCAAGGACAGUCAAUGGUGACUUACUGCCAGAGACAAAGAUACAAGAAGUGAUCACAUAAAGGACCAAAUCUAGGGAUAGCCAUGCAGAUUGCAGAUUUUUUUUUUUUAAAGAGGUGGAGAAACAUUUUCAGUUGAUAUAAUUAUUCAUUUAUAAAAGAUGGGCCCCAGGAGUUUUAGUUUUAUUAGUGAAUAGUUGGGACUGAAACAAGAAGGAAGGGGGUUGUCAAGAAUAGCUGCUUGGAAAGUGAAGUAAGCACACUUUGAUAACUGGCUAAGGGCCUUGGAUUUGGGGGAGGGGAACAAAAUGGAGGCCUUUUGUGAUUCAUUGUUUUAUUUAUCUCUUAGAAAAAUAGGUAUAAUAUGUAAUUUAAAAUAUGAGAGGAAAAGGGAAAGUUGAGCAGGACCUGAGGAUUAUACAUUGGACCAAUGUUAACCUCACAUUUUAAUGGCUAUUUUGCAGUUAUUUGGAGUCUCUGUAUAUAGGAAAUAUGCACUGGAAUAUUAAGUAUUAAUGGGUCAUACUAUCUGAAACUUCAGUUCAAAAACACUCAAAACAUGGAGGAUCUGAUAGAGUACCAUAGCCUAUUUCUACAACUUUUGUGUACAUCUGAAAUAAUUUCGAAAUAAAAUAUUAAAAGGAG